CUUUAAUUUAUUUUCUCCAUCCCUUAGUAGUUUAAUUAGCAGAGGCACUAAACACUUUAUUUACAUAAUCCUAAUCUCUCUUAAAUAUCUGUUGUGUAUGCAAUACGUGUAUCCACAUAAUAUACACGUAAAAUAAAAUCUCCUUAGUUCUUCCUAUAUAUGGCUUUAAACCCCCCAUGAAAAUCACGUUCUCAAACUCACGUCAACUUCACUUCUUUUCACCUUAUCGUCCACAUCCAAGUUUCACCUCAUCCUCAACCUUUAAUUUCUCUUACUUUCCUUAGGGACCAUUACAACCACAACCGAACUUGUACGAGAUUUUGUUAAUAGAGAAGCUACUGACAAUUCCAAGGGCCAGAUACAACCUCGUAUAUAAUAAAAUAGUUAGAAGUACUGAACAAGCGAGUUACUCACUCAACUAAUAUAAUGAGUUGCUUGCAAAGUUGGCCGGAGCCAAUUGUCCGAGUUCAAGCACUCUCCGAAAGUGGCAUUCAAGAAAUCCCCGACCGUUUCAUUAAACGGCCAGCGGAUAGACCAUGUUUAAUGGAGAGUACAACUCAAGACAACAAUAUUCCAUUGAUUGAUCUUGAAAACCUGAAGUCAUCCAAGGAAUCUGUUCGCUCUGAAACUAUGAAACUCAUUUUCCAGGCUUGUUGCGACUGGGGUUUUUUCCAAGUGGUGAAUCAUGGCGUUAGCCAUGACCUGAUGGCAAAAACUCGCGGUGUUUGGCGCGAGUUUUUUCAUCUUCCACUGGAGGAGAAACAGAAAUUUGCAAAUUCUCCGAUAACUUAUGAAGGGUACGGCAGUCGGCUAGGAGUGGAGAAAGGUGGCAAAUUGGAUUGGAGUGAUUAUUUCUUCCUUCAUUUUCUUCCUGAGCCAUUGAGAGAUGAGAAAAAAUGGCCUAAUCUUCCGAUUUCAUGCAGAAAAAUUGUUGCUGAAUACGGACAAGAAGUAGUGAAACUUUGUGAAAGAAUAUUGAAGAUUUUAUCCUUAAACCUGGGAUUAAAUGAGGAUUAUCUACACCAUAAGUUUGGAGGGGACAAUGAAAGAGGUGCAUGUUUAAGGGCAAAUUUUUACCCAAAGUGUCCACAACCAGACUUAACCCUAGGCCUUUCUUCGCACUCUGAUCCUGGUGGCAUGACCCUUCUCCUCCCUGAUAUCGACGCCGCCGGCCUCCAAGUCCGCCGUGGCAAUAACUGGUUAACUGUUAAACCUGUUCCCAAUGCCUUCAUCGUCAACAUUGGAGAUCAAAUUCAGGUAUUAAGUAAUGCAAUGUACAAGAGUGUAGAGCACAGAGUGAUCGUCAAUUCGGCCAAAGAACGUGUUUCAUUAGCAUUCUUCUACAAUCCAGGAGGUGACAAACUCAUUAAACCUGCAGAUGAGCUUGUGACGGAGGACCGGCCGGCGUUAUAUUUUCCGACGACGUUCAAUAAGUACCGAGCCUUAAUUAGAACUAAGGGACCUAGUGGAAAAUCUCAAAUUGAAUCACUAAAAUCUCCAAGAUAAUUAGUCUAUCUUUUAUUUUUGAGAAGUUACUGUGUUUAUACGUUAACACAGUAUCCUGUAUUUUUCCUUAACACAGUAAAUGCCCAGUAUCGGCAGCUGGCUGUUUCCUGUAGUUUUCCUUUUCUAUUGCAAUAAUACUAUUAAGACAAGCGGCAAUCGGUGAGAAUCAAUAUAUGCGUCAACCUAUUUCAUUGUGA